AUUCUACAGGAAGGGCUUCCCUGAGCAUGCGUUCCCUGCUCUUCCUGUAGAUAGGAUACAGAUAUACUUUUUAACGAUUUGUCUUGACACAUGUCAUACACGGCGAUUAACUACACACGAUCAAAAUGAACUACAUGCCAGGGACCGCGAGUCUCAUCGAUGACAUAGACAAAAAGCAUCUUGUACUUCUUCGAGAUGGACGAACGCUAAUUGGGUUUCUGAGAAGCAUUGACCAGUUUGCCAACCUAGUUUUUCAUCAAACAAUCGAGCGCAUCCAUGUGGGCAAGAAGUUUGGAGACAUCCCCAGAGGAAUCUUCAUUGUGAGAGGAGAGAAUGUUGUUUUGCUUGGAGAAAUAGACAUUGAUAAGCUGUGUGACAACGUCUUGCAGCAAGUUUCUAUAGAGGAGAUCCUGGAGGAGCAGCGAUUGCAACAGCAAGCCAAGCAGAAGACAGAGAAAGCCAAGGUGACCGCACUGAAGGACAGAGGCCUAUCCAUCCCCAAGGCAGAUAAUCUCGAUGAAUACUGAAGGACAGAGGCCUAUCCAUCCCCAAGGCAGAUAAUCUCGAUGAAUACUGAAGGACAGAGGCCUAUCCAUCCCCAAGGCAGAUAAUCUCGAUGAAUACUGAAGGACAGAGGCCUAUCCAUCCCCAAGGCAGAUAAUCUCGAUGAAUACUGAAGGCACUUCUGUUCCAUUUUUUUCCGUAAUACUGGACUCCUCAGUUAUAUGUUGAAUAGGGGAUUAUUUUGAAGACUAUGAGAAGAAUGUGUGCUUUGUAGAUGACGCAAGUCACACUAAAUACUGUACUGAUUUAAUUUUGAUUAUGACUCAUUGGUUUGAAAGCAAACAAUGAAUUAAGUGAUGCAUGAUUUGAGGGUAGACCACACAACCUAGAUUGUCUACAAGACUACAUUUGAUGAGAAAUCAAUUAUGAUUUUCAUACCAUAGCACUGAGAACUAAGUCAAUAGUAUAUAGUGAUGAACUCUGUUAGUGUAAGCAGACACAUUGUAAUGACAAGAUUUGUUUUCCAUAAAAGUUUUUGUUAUUUUAUUA